AUGAAGACCUUCCCGCUUGUCUCAGCCUUCCUGGCUACAGCACUCGCUGCACCAGCUACACUUGCACCAAGCGAUAUCACACCACGCACUCUGAGCGUCCUGAAGAACUUCGCCAAAUGUCCGGCAAAUCCUGCCCAACCUGACGGCAGGUUACCCAAAGGAAACAGCAUCUCAACCUCAGUACUCGUCCCCAUAUCUGCCAAGAACCCCGACAAAGCAUACCCAGCCACGGAAUGGGCGACCGUAACUCCCAAAGAUAAAUGCACAAUCUUCAAUCUCGAGCUCGACUCUGACGCCACCCAAGGCAAGAUCUGCAAUCUUGUCUUCGACUUUCCUUCUCUUAUUCAAGCACCUGGUCUUUUCGUCUUUCAAGGCCCUGGCCAUUUCACCUUUACCGGUUACGAUAUCAAUGCUGGUGCAGAGGCUGGCGUUACUACGUACAACCACCAACCACGUCCAGGACCUAGCCCACCAAACCCACCGCCGGUCAUCAAGCCGGGCAACAGCUAUAUUGUCAAUGGUGCUCCGUGUGGAAUUCCUCCUGGCAUCGGAAAGGUGACCGUCAGUGGGGCAUUGUGCUCCGAUGAUACAAAGUUGACGUUCAAGCAAAGCGAUUUGCUGUGUCCCUUGGGUUUUUACGUUGUGCUUACUGAUGAUCCUAAUGCGGGAGGUUAUGCGCCUCACUAA